AUGGCUAGAUCUCCCCCAGAGCCAGUAAAAUUUUCUAUCGGAGAGGCAUGUGCCCUUGAGAAUCCUGUCAAUCCUGCCUUCUCUUUUACCCUAAAUCGAAGUCAAAGGAAAAACACUACAGUAGUGGCAAAGCCCACCAAACAAAGCAGGCAGGUACUAUUCUACAAAAAAUUGGCGUUAGGACUGCUAAUAAAAAAUUCAAAAAACUGGCACUCUAUUCUGGUUAAUAACCAAUGGAAAUAUCGCCUAACCUCUCACUUCAAGCUGAGAUUUAUAUUUUUUUGUUCUCUCACCAAAAUCAACCAUAUAUAG